AUGUGUGUCGUUGUUAUAAACUUUAUUGAUCAACCUGAUGAACAUUUGAUCUGUCCGAUCUGCAAAAGUGUUUUCAGCGAGCCAUGGCAGACGUCUUGUGGACACAGAUUCUGUAAAAGCUGUCUCGAUCCACUUCUUCGGUGAGUCAAGUACAAAGACCAUGGUUAUUGCUUGUAUAAACAUAAAUCUUGGUUUCUUUAAAACUAGAAAAUUCUACUGCCAGUGAUUAUUAUUAUUUAAUACUUGUUGUAUGAAUUGAAUUUGCAUUGAGUCGACACCGGGCAUAUUUUAUAUUUAUUUAUUUCAUCACUUCUUUUUACUUUAGAUCGAUCACGAAAAAGGCUCAUUUUACUAAAUAUAUUAAUAGUGACCAAGAAAAUUUGUCUCAUUUUAUAUUAACAAAAUGGUAUAAUAAUGUUGCACUCCGGCCAAACAGAAAUAUCUUCUCAGCUCACUUAUAAGAGUUGCUCAGUGUUGGGCAUCGUUUUAGAAUUUUUAAGUUAAACUUAUAAUAUACACCAUUAUAAAUAAAAAGCCGGCGAUAUAAUUUAUGGUUAGCUAAACAUACAGAUGGACAUGCAAUAUAUUUCCUUAUCCAGUCUUAAAUUGCCCCCUAGUGUCCCAUGAUAUAUACAUGCACUAGCUGAUAACUUGAUCCCGAAGUUCUGAUCUUUGAGCCAUUUUAAUUACGGCAGAGGCUUACAAUAGAAGCUAAUAGAGAAGAAAAGGUAACAAAGCAAAAAAUUAGCACAUGGAGGACCCAAAUACACACAAAAAAAUGGGCUCCUUGUAUUGACAUAUACUAAAUGUUUUAUUUCUGUUUUAAAGACCAACGUGUUUAAAAUGUCCUGUCGAUGGAGAGAAAAUUGCAAGAGAGGAAUCAUUUCGUGACAAAUGCUGUGAAAGGGAGUUACUUGAUCUGCGGUGUAGUUGUCGAUAUAAAGACAAAAAUUGUGAAUGGAAGGGAGAAUUCAGGAAUCUAAAGGUAAACAACCUAGGUGUAAUUCAUUCAGGUUCCUUUUUGCCACACUGAUUUUGAAAGUAAAAUUUGCUUGUCAGCUCCAGUAGUCCUUUUGCAGGUGUGCUAUCACAACGCUAUCAGCUUGACGAAACGGAUCCAAAUAAACAGACCAAAGUGUGUAAUCACAAUUAGGGGAAAAUCCCGCAGUCAUAUUGAUAUUGAUAUUUAUUCUUUUACUCUAUGUAAAAAAUUAAAUCGGUUGGCUACACAAUCGACUAAAGAUGUUGAAUUUGAUUUUUUUCUUUGACAUUAUUAGGUCCAUGAAGAGUUUUGUCAAUAUGGCGAUGUACAGUGUAAAGCGUGUGGGGAGGCAAUGGAGAGAAGGCAUCUUGAACAACACAGGACGAAGGAUUGUAUCAAUAGGACAGCAGUAUGUGCAUACUGCAGCGAAAUGAUCCGAAACGACAAAAUGAAGGUAUGAAAAUUAAUAGCAGGUUUCGCUAAUUAAAUAUUAGCUACUGCCUGCUUUAUUCUCCUUACCAAAGUCUUCUGGGGAAGACUAAAAGAAAUGCGAGUUACGUAUGUCCUUAAUUCACAAAAUGGAAACCCAAUAUUUUUUUCCUACUGUUUCGCAUUCAAAUUUUCCUAAAUUAUAUUCUUACCUCCGUUAUCUAUAUCCACUGAAAAUGAAACUUGUUAUUUCUAAAAGGGGAAAUUUCUAAGGGGGAAACACCAUUGAAUGCUGAAAUGUUUUGUUUUUGAAUGCAAAUUUUAGCCACCUGGUGUUUGUUUGAAGUUGUUUCAGAUUCAGUUUCAAUUUUGUGCAAUGGAUAUCUCAUCAGUAUAUCGACUUUCUAUUUUAGGAUCAUCUACAGGUUUGCCUCAAACUUACAACAGCUUGUCAUUUGCAUUGUGGAAAAGAGGCCAUACCACGAGACAUGAUGGAAGAACACCUGAACAAGGAAUGUCCAAAAGCGGAAGUGCUCUGCCCUUUCACAUCCCAUGGAUGUUACUUCAAAGUAAGUUAAAUCUUGUAAAAACAGUAGCAGAACUGAUGAAAUAAGCACUUAUAAUUAGUCAUGCUCCCAUUCGAAACAAUUUACUAUGUAAAGGCCACCGUACCGCUGCAUAUAUCAAAGUAUAUCAAAGUACACAGAAGCAUUUUGUCCUCAGUUAUUUAAUACCUCAUGGUAUCAACAUGGUUCAGCUAGGAAUCAAGCAACAGGCCAAAUUCCGUGUACUUUAGGACCCCUGCGAAGCUCAUUUUCCCGAAAGAAACAAAAUGAAUUUCAUGGUCUUGCGGUACAUCAAUUUAGCUACAGUUUUACUUGCCCUCUAUAAAGCAAUUUCCGAUGUUCCGAUAAAUUUGCAUAGAUUCUAGCCACGUGCGUGAGGGAAAGCUAUACGGCUUUAGUGAAAGCUAAAACGUGUUUUUGGAACAAUUGGAUUCCAAAAGACUAUACCAAGGCACUGAAAUUUUUCCCGCCGUCUGCUGCUACGGAUGGCGUGGAUCGAUGGAGAUGGAUUGAAACUUGAAAAAAUUCGGGCCAACUUUUUUGGGUUUUACUGCUUUCCUGCAAAAGUCAACAAAAACUUAUCAUGGUCAGUGCUCCCUUGAUGAAAACUGUUUGAUCUGCUCUUUAUAACUCUACAAGAGCAUUUUGGUUAAAGGCUCUAAUUAAUGACUUUAGCUAAAACAGGAAUAUCCUUGUGACAUAGCUCCUGUACAGCCGGUCAUUUCUAGCCAAUCAAAAAUCACACUUAACAUUAAGAACUGUAGGAAGCGUCUUGAUAUGCUGCGAUUGCGAUAUGGUUAAAGAUAUAGUGAGUAAUGUUCUUUUAUUUCUUUUUCUUUAUUCUUUCUUUUCCUAGGGAAAAAGGGAGAUCAUCGAAGAGCAUCUCAAAAGCACUGUAACGCUUCAUUUGGAAAUGAUGAACCAGUCAUAUGUCAGGAGUCAUCAAAAAUCUGUGGAGUUAGCAGAGAGAGUAGUCCACUUAGAAGAGGAGAAAAAUGCCCUAGAAAAGCAACUUCAAAAUCAAACUGAACAACUUGUAGCUUCAAGAAUUAACAUUCAAACACAUCAAACGAAAAUAUCAAAAAUAGAAGAAUUAGUACAAGAUCAUCGAAGGACGUUGGAAAAAGUGCAUCGAGAUUUGGAAGCCGUCAGCGGUGUUGUGCCAUCGCAAAUGGAGGAGAUUCUCAACACCAUAAGAGAACACGAGUUGAAGUUAAAUGGCUUACAGUCUGACGUGGUUAGUCUCAAAGACACCAGGCUGAUAAUUGGAGAAAAUGGAGAAAAGCCUCAAAUUUCUUCCUCCUUGCAUCACUACAAGGGGCGUUUGGACAGGGCUGAGCACCAACUAGCGUUACAUGAAAUUCAGCUAUCUGAACAGGAUCUUCAGGUUAGAAUGCUGGAGGCUACUUCUUACGAUGGAGAUUACCUUUGGAAAAUCGACCAUUUUAGCCGAAGAUUUCAAGAAGCUGUUUCUGGUAAAACACCAUCUAUUUAUAGCCCUCCUUUUUACGUUGGACGAUUUGGAUACAAAGUGAGCGCUCGUCUCUACCCUAAUGGUGAUGGGAUGGGCAAAGGAACGCACCUGUCAAUAUUCUUUGUUAUCAUGAGAGGUGAAUACGACGCUUUGUUACCCUGGCCUUUCAAUCAAAAAGUCUACUUUAAACUUAUUGAUCAGGACAGAGUCAAAGAUGCUUGUGAUUCGUUUCGUCCCGAUGCUAACAGUUCAAGUUUUAAAAGGCCAAAAUCCGACAUGAACAUAGCAUCCGGUUGUCCAACUUUCAUUUCUCACUCUAGACUCCGAGAAGGUGGAUACAUCAAGGAAGAUACCAUGUACGUUAGAGUGGCAGUUGACAUGACGAAUCACAAUGUUAAGGGCAAUUUGACGGCUUCCACAUGA